GAGUUCCCCGAGGCCUUCAGCGAGUCCGCGGACGGAGGGUCGGGGCUGUGCGCGCGUCGUUAGCUUAUCGUCGCCCUCCAGUACUGACCUUCACCCGCAGGUUCCUGUCCACGGCUGUCAGGAGCCGGCCUGGCGUUCCUGAGAUGAGUUUGGUGCUUAGAAAUCUGCAGCGAGCCGUGCCCCUCAGGCGGGCGCCGCUCCGCAGGGCGGUGGAGCUCGUGAGGGGCGUGUUGGGGGUGCAGAAGUUCGACCUGGCGGUCAUCUGUGUCGACAACAAGAAUAUUCAGCACAUUAACAAAACCUACCGGGAAAAAAAUGUCCCAACGGAUGUGCUUUCUUUUCCUUACCAUGAGAAUCUAAAAGCAGGUGAAAUGCCCCAGCCUCAUUUUCCAGAUGAUUAUAAUUUGGGAGACAUUUUCCUAGGAGUGGAGUAUAUCUUCCAGCAGUGCAAGGAAAAUGAAGACUACUAUGACCUUCUGACUGUGACUGCCACCCACGGGCUCUGUCACCUGCUGGGCUUCACACAUGGCACGGAGGCUGAAUGGCAGAAGAUGUACCAGAGGGAGAAGCAGGUGCUCGAGGAGCUGGGCCAGCUCAUGGGGACCAGGCUCCAGCCCCUGAGCAGGAACCUCUUCUGAUGGGGUCCACCCCAGACCAGGACUGGAGGCCGUGGGGGUGGAAGGUGGACCUCCCUCCCACUGGGCCCUGCAGGGCUGCAGAAAUGCUGUCCUGCCUGAGCUAAUUCCACUCCUGGACCCUGAUGAUUUUCUUCAAGUACAAGGGAAACCCCUCCCCACACCUUCGUGUGGGACAUGGCAGACUCGCUAGUUUCACUAUCAGACAAAACACAGUUCUGACCUCUUACAACGGGGAGACAAGCCUUGUCCUCCAGGGGUCGGCCUCUGGAGCAGGCCUCUCGCUCCUCUGCAGCCGGAAAAAGAACAUGCAGCCUGGGUGGAGUGCCCCUCACCUCCUUCCUGCUAGAACCCACCUGGACCCAGGUCUGCACCCAGGAGCACUAUGCCUGGGGUCUCUGCUCCAGGGUGGAGAGGGGUAAGGCUGAGCCUUGGGGUGGCUGCCGGGCCCAGGACGAGUCAGCCAUGUGGCCCACAGUGUAGACCUGUCAUGUCCCAGGAUCUGAGCAUUUGCCUGAGGACUGUACACACAUGGCCGCUGCGUGGGUCCCGAGCCCUGACCACCACUGAGCUCAGUCAUGCAUCUCCCGGCUCCAGGGUGGCACCGCCAGCCAUGCUGUCCUCCCCAAGAAAGCAGCCUCCUGUCUAUUUCUUAUUUGUCUUCUAAAUAUUAAAAUAAUAAAACUCGGAA